AUGGAUAGAAAAGUUUUGGCAUUUUUAUUUUGUUUAACCAUAUGUUCGAAUAUUCAGUCAUCCCACAGCAAAUUUCAUUCGUAUCGUGCUGCUGUCGUCGAAUAUCAUCCUGUUGUUAAAGAUACAAACGAAGCAAGUCUCAACGAAAAUUUAAAAGCCUACGAUUACGCCAUUAACGAUGCUCAUUCGGCGGUAAAUAAAAAAUUUUUUUUUUUAUAUUUAAAAUCAUAUAUUGAUAAUGAUAAUAAAACCCAUUGA